UGAAAGCUUGAUAUCUCUAUGCAGGAAGCCAAUUUUGACCUCAAAUAAAUACUGAUUUUAAACACUUUCCUCCCUCAAAAUUGCGAUGUUGGCGACGCAGUCGGCUCCAGGUCAUCUUGAUCGUGCCUUCAAGUCAACUGGGGGUGCCCUCAAGGGUGACAUAAACGAGAUCUUGACCAGUGGACAGUACUAUGUCACUCCAGAAAUGACAAGGGAACUGCGGUCUGUCGGCAAUGGAGUGGAGCACUUCAACGUUGAUGCUUAUUUGCAGAACUCUGCCAGUAGUUGGCGACAUAACCUUGGCCCUGGCCAGGUUGCUAGUGAUAGAGCUGCUACCCUUGAUACGAUGCAAAAGACACAAGGAUUCCUUUCGGACAUGAAGAGCAAAAUGAACAAACAGUGCAUUGGUCAACUCCAGGCCAAUGAGAUUCAGCAAACACAUCACUGGGCCAUGCAGAAUCUGCAAGGUUUGAAGGGGGAAAUGACUCCCUAUGCCCAAGAGUCCAACAAGAGAAUCCAGCAGUUUUCUGACCAUAUUGGCGUGACGGACAGGUACACUGGCUACAGGAACAACUUGACAAGGGGCUCGAGAACUCCCUUCAAACUGGACACAUAUUGGAACAGGGAGCAAAACAAAGAGCGUGAAGGCAUCCCGAGGUCGCGUUCGGCUCCGAAGCAGGUCUCGUUCAACCAGUAUGCCUUACCCAUGGAGUCAAGCCCUUCUCUACCAGCAUUUCAAGCAACACCAAGGUCGGCUCAGGUCGGCAACCGAGUCGAUGCCGAACCCCCGUGUGGUUCCUCCAUGGCACGGCGACCCCCGGCAACACAGUCCAUUCAGGAGGCUUGUGGCAUCAACACAACCUUCCCUGGGAAAUCGGAGUACAAGACACGCUACUCGCAGCCACCGCCCAAACCGAAAACGAGCGACUUUAUCAUCAACCCUCAACCAAACUUCCACAUUCAUGGUCGUCCGCUCGCAAAAAUUGCAUUCGAACCAAGCUACACAGAAUAUCAGUAUCGCUACGAAUGGCCCGAUGGCGCCCGGAUCACACGACUCCCCUGGCUGAGAAAAUAACUCAGUUCAAAAAUGUUAUUUUUCGAUUCUGGUUGAGCUUUAGUUUUGCAUUCACUAGUUAGUCAAAACAAGGAAUGAAAUUCAUCUGUCAGCAUUUUUCUUCUCAAUAUAAUACAUGUAUAUGUGGUAUAUUUCGUGGAAUUUCUUUCAUGAGUUUCAUUUGAUGAUGUGUCUAUCGUACAUUGUCAUGGAAACAUCUGAAUGAAUGCGAGAAUGAAAUGAUUACAUUUCUGAAGAAGUUUUAAAUACCGUUUGCGUGCCAAGAGAGAUGAGACUUUGACACAGUCAAGCACAAAAACAUUGUAUUGUGUGUUGUAUUAAAGUAUUUUUUGUGUCUUUCAUUAAUGUUUAUGAACCAGUAUUCUGGUACAGAACAUUCUGAGAUUUUCGUAGAUUUUACAAAAACUGUGAUAUGCUUUUACAAUUGGUAGAUAGAUUUUUAAUUUACAUCAUACAUGUACAAACUCAUUUAAUACACUCAUUUUAAAACCAUUAUGUAAAAGAAAACCUCGGAUUAGAUGGCGGUUAGGCCCACGAUGCAUAAGAAAACCAGAGAUCUGGUCAGGCUCUAGAGCCCGUAUUGCAAAAAAAGGAAUUGGGUGGCUGUUAGGCAUGAAAAAGAGAGUGUAACACCUGUCACACUCGCAUACAUUACCCCCGAUUUCUUCAGAAUGUGGCUGUAAGGUGUCAGGGGUAUAGGGGUAUAAACUCCAUUUGCAGAUUGGUUUUCGGGAAUAAUCAUGUCAUAAUAUCUAAUAGUGGUGCAGGCUUAUUUAUUUAGUAUAUCUGUGUGUCAGGCUGUUUGAUGUAACUGUGUUGAUUUUCUGUUCAUGAGUUCACUUGUAGAUAGAUAACAGUGUGUCUCACAUGUAGGAAUUAAUUUCAACUGUCUAACAGUUUUUCUAUUGUUGGAGGAUUCUUUCAGUAUUGAGUUAGUUGCAUUUGAACUUUCACAUUUGAACUUACAUUUGAACUUUCACAAUACCUGUAUACAUUUGCCAAAAUCAUGUGAUACACUCUCAAAUGCAUUGGUUUGGCUUCUAGAGUGUUUGUGUGCUGUAUUAUUCAUAGUAUUACUGUAAAACACCAAAUUUUGAAAAUUAGCGGUGUGCAGUAUUCACUGUUCGUGGUUGUACAAUUUGAACAGCUCAUGAUACGAGACCGAACUCUUGAAAUGUUUACACUUCAGUAUUUUAUUUGGAAUAUAAUCUGACAGAAUUGGUUGUGACAAAUACAUGUAUUUAUCUUUUCUAUUGAAUGUAGCCCGAUUCAGAAAUCUCAAAAUGCCGCGGGCAAGGCAUAUGAUAAUGGAAAGUCAAGCUUACAAAAACCUUCAUCCGUCUGCUGAAAUGCCAUGUUCUCAACUCGUGAUCCAAAAGAUAGUCCAGACAUGAAUGUAUUGUGAAUGGGACUACUUCUCUUUAUUAUCAUAUUUUAUCGAUCAAAAGCUCUGUGGGCGUGCAAAUAUUAAUAUUUUGUACAACACUUUUAUAAUUUGCACAAUGUAUUUUAAGAAUACUGCUGAAAUUUCAUGUGUUACUACUAUUUGGUUAUCAUUGUAAAUAAACAGCAUUU